AUGUCGACGUUGACAAGGAUAUCAGGCUCAUUUAGUCAUCCCGACGAUGCUGCUACUACAAAGACCGAAUUGUCUGCCUUACAAAAUGCCGAAGGUGACCCACACCUCGUCGUCCUCGAGCCAGAGGAUAAUCCGCAGAACAUAUCCUUGUUCAGACGGUGGCUCGCGGUCCUGAUCAUCAGCUCUGCCUCUCUUUGCGUGACACUAAUUGCGCUUCAGGCUGCAUUCACAGAACAAGGUUCCGCCCAAACAUUUCAUGUCUCACAUGAAGUGACCAUUCUCGGAAUUAGCCUAUACGUGUCAGGUCUCGGAAUGGGACCGCUUCUCGUUGGCCCGUUGUCCGAAGUGUAUGGCCGAAAUGUUGUAUACCGGGUAUCUUAUGCGUUAUUCUUCAUCCUCACGUUCCCCGUGGUGUUCGCUCCCAAUAUCGCCGUUUUCUUGGUUUUUCGCUUUAUUACUGGAUUCUGUGGAUCAACCUUUCUGAGUGUAGCUGGAGGUAGUGUAAGCGAUAUGUUUCCAAAUUCGAGCAUUGCAAAUCCAAUGGCUGUGUAUACCAUAUCUCCAUUUAUCGGACCAGUGGUUGGUCCCUUGAUUUCUGGGUACUACCUAUACUGGGAAUGGACGUAUCGAGUGCAGUUGUGUUGGAUUUUUGCAGAGUUGCUGAUAUUGGUUAUAUUUAUUCCUGAGACGUACGCCCCAGUGAUCCUGAAGAAGAAGGCAAAAAGACUGCGGGAGUCGACUGGAGACCCAAAGUUUUAUGCUCCUUUGGAUAGACGGGAAAAUACCCUCGUUUCUGCUGUCCUCGUCAGUUGCUACAAACCGUUUCAAUUACUUCUAUUCGACCGAAUGGCACUGCUUUUAGACUCCUGGAAUGCCCUUGUUCUUGGCAUCCUAUACCUGGCAUUCCAAGCAUACCCCAUUAUUUUCGAAGAUAAUCAUGGAUUUGAUAUGCAAACCACUGGAUUAGCGUUUGCUGGGAUUGGACUCGGGAUGCUUUUGGCCAUUUCAACACAACCGCUCUGGAACAGGGGGGUCCCUUUUUCUCUGAUGCUAUAUGCCCGUGAAACUGCCAAAUAUAACGGCGAUCCACCUCCUGAGAUGAGGCUUAUUAUGGGUCAGGUUGGAGCGAUACUCGUGCCAGUGGGUUUGUUCUGGCUCGCGUUCACUACAUAUCCGCAAGUCCACUGGAUUGCCCCAAUCAUCGCGUCUGUACCUUUCGGCUCCGGGAUAUAUUUUGUCUUCACAUCAACGUUCACGUAUCUUGUAACUGCAUACCGCCCAAUUGCUGCCUCCGCCAUGGCAAGCAAUAGUGCAUUGCGGUCAGCAUUUGCUGCUGCAUUUCCGCUAUUCGCGGGAGCCAUGUAUGAUAGACUGGGGACUGUUGGCGCCACCGCUCUUCUAGCUGGCCUCGCAACGAUCAUGGCGCCAUUACCUUUCAUAUUUUACCGAAUUGGCGCGCGACUGCGGAAGAAUUCGCGUUUCGCAGCACAUUGAUAUUUUACGCAUACGACCUAUGAAUAUUAAUAUUGUCAAACGACAAAGCUUCAACGCGUCGUACGGCCGUCGGCAAAUCGACUUGAUUUAUGAAUUGACACAUCGACGGCGAUGGCGGCUUCUCUGAAACAAACACCAGACGAUCGCAUAUCCAUAUCCCAGAAACUAUUUACAUACUUUCCGCGUGGUUGAUCAAAACGGGUGCGU